GCUUGAAAAAUUGGCUGCCAAUGAAGAUCGUGCUGCUGAAAUUGAAAAGGAUGAAGAAAUCGUUAUUGAUACUUUUGAUCCAGAAGAACAGGGAAUACCAUCAAGUGCUCAGGUUUUAAGUUAUGCUCAUGGAGAACCACUGUUUGAAGAGAUGGAGAGUGAUACGUCUCAUGUUGGUGAUCCCGAAGAGCACCCAAUUCCAACAGCUUCUCAGGUUUUAUGUUAUACACAUGUAUCCAAUAGAAGUCCACAGAAUGAAGAGAUGGUGAAUGAAACAUUUCAU